CUUCAGCGGAGCAGCGGGGAUGGUCCUACUGUGGUUAGGGUCUGUACUGCCGCAGUGUCUGGGGGUGGUGUACACCAACGACUGGGCGGUGAGGAUAACCGGGGGCCCAGAAACGGCAGAGAGUACCUUAAAUAAAUAUGGAUUUGUUAAUAUGGGACAGGUUGGAGAUCUGGAGGAGUACUACUGGUUCCGCCACAACGGAACCCAGGAACGCUCUAUGGUGUCCAACAAAGACAUUACACGCAUCAUCUCCAAGGAAACCAAGGUGGAGUGGCUACAGCAGCAGGUGAUACACAGCAGGACUAGGAGGAACUCCAGAGCCAGUCACAUCUACUCCAUCGACGUCAGGACUAAACUGGAUCACCACAACCAACGCUCACCUAACCAAACCCAGACCCAGACCCAGGACAGGGGCCAGUCCCAAAACCAGGCCCAGACCCAGGCCCAGGCCCAGACCUUUACCUUCAAUGACCCCCAGUGGAGCAGCCAGUGGUAUCUUCACUGUGAUGACUCCUCCCAGAGCUGCCCGUCCUCCAUGAACAUAGAAGGGGCCUGGAGGAGAGGCUUCACCGGUCGAGGGGUGGUGGUGACUGUCCUGGACGACGGCAUCGACCCACGCCAUCCGGACCUUCAGACAAACUAUGAUCCUCUCGCUAGCUAUGACAUCACUGAGAACAACCCGGACCCAACCCCCCGAUAUGACAUCACCAACACCACCAACAACCAUGGGACAGCUUGCGCAGGGAUCAUCGCUGCAACUGCUAACAACUCCCACUGCAUUGUGGGAGUGUCCUUCCACGCCAGAAUAGGGGGCAUUCGUAUGCUGGAUGGAGAUGUGACAGACAUAGUGGAGGCCCAAUCCCUGAGCUUCAGGCCCCAGCAUGUGGACAUCUACUCGGCCAGCUGGGGGCCGGAGGACGAUGGGAGGACUGUGGAGGGGCCUGGCACUCUAGCUCGCCUUGCCCUGGAGCACGCCAUACGCUCAGGCAGGAAGGGGAGGGGCUCCAUCUUCAUGUGGGCGUCAGGUAACGGUGGGCGCUAUGGCGACCACUGCUCCUGUGAUGGUUAUGCUAGCAGCAUCUACACCAUCUCUGUGUCCAGCUCUACCCGGGAUGGGGGGCAGCAUGCCCCCCUGGAACCCUGUGCUUCCACGCUUACGACCGCCUAUGGUGCAGAGGAGGACCAGUUCCUGGAGACCGCAACCUUGGAUCUGAAGCAAGGUUGUACCACAGUGCAUUCUGGGAGCUCCGUCUCCACCGCCAUGGCCGCUGGGGUCAUCGCGCUUGCCCUGGAUGCCAAUCCUGUGUUGACCUGGAGGGACGUCCAGCACCUGAUCGUGAGAACAUCCCAGCCUGGUCACCUUGACGACCCUGACUGGUACACCAACGCAGCAGGAUACAAGGUGAGCCACCAGUAUGGGUUUGGCCUGCUUGACGCAGAGCGUCUGGUGAAGGAGGCGGAGAGCUGGAGACAGGUCCCCCCCCAGCAUGUGUGUGAGGAGACCCCCAUGCUGAACAACAGUGUCAUACCAGAAGGCUCUGUGCUGAGGUCUGUCCAUGAGUCUACUGGCUGUUCCAGCCACCCCCCUCACCAUGUGGUCUAUGUGGAACAUGUCCUUGUCCGAGUCACCGUCACACACGGUCGCCGUGGAGACCUCUCCAUCGCGCUCACGUCACCCGCAGGAACCCGCUCUCAGCUGCUGGCCAACCGGCCUCUGGACCAAUCAACUGAGGGCUUUCGGAGCUGGGAGUUCAUGACCACUCACUGCUGGGGAGAAAGGUCUUCUGGGAAAUGGAGUCUGGAGGUCCUCGACAUGCCCUCUCCAAAGAGAGAGAACAGUAUACAAGGGAAACUGGAAGAGUGGGCUCUGGUGUUUUAUGGCACCUCCAAGCACCCGUACUCCAUGCGACGUGAGCAAGCCCGCUCAGCUGAGCUGCCGGCCGGCGGCAGCAGCAGCGAUGACCUCAGCGAGGAAUACAGCGGACCAUGUGACGCAGAGUGCGGUGAGGAUGGCUGUGAGGGCCCCGCCCCCCAGCAGUGUGUCACGUGCUUACACUUCUUCCUCAAGUUCAAGAACAACACAAGGACAUGCGUGUCAGCGUGCCCCGUGGGGUUCUGGGGCGACCGGCAUCGCUGUAAGAAGUGCUAUUCUUCCUGUGAGAGCUGCAACGGCAGUCGUAGUGACCAGUGCACUUCCUGUCGCCCCGGACACCACCUGACCGAAGGGACCAAUAGCUGCACAGCUAAAUGCGGGGACAACUACUACCUGGACCACGAUCUGAAUACCUGCCGUCGAUGCAGUGACAGCUGCCUGAGGUGCACUUCAGUCAACAUCUGCACGGAAUGCAAACCAGGCACGAGUCUCCAGGGUAACCGAUGCCAGCGGAGCUGCGGAGCAGGAAGUUACCUUAGCGACAAGGAGGGGGAGGGGGCCUCCUGCCAGCCCUGCGACCAAGCCUGUGCCACCUGUGCAGGCGGCGGUGCGGAGGCGUGUAACCAGUGUGCGGAGGGAUACCUGAUGGAGGAGUGGAGGUGUGUGUUCUCGUGCAGCCCGGGGUUCUAUGCCACGCUCGCCACGGACGACGCUGGCGGCCAGAGGAUGUGUAGGAGGUGUGAUGCCGGCUGUCUCACCUGUGUGGGACCAGGCAGCAGGAACUGCAGCAGCUGUGCCAGCGGACGCCCCCUGCAGGACGGCAUGUGUGUGGUCAGCACCGCGUGUGGACACGGUGAGUACCAGGACAGUCAUGGGGCGUGUCACGCGUGUGAGGCAACAUGUAUGAAGUGUACAGGGCCGAAGAGUGAGGACUGUAUCAGCUGUGAGCCCUCAUGGUCUCUGGACGAGGGUCGCUGUGAGGAGGAGUGUUCCCAGGGGAAGUACCAGUCUGGCGGGCAGUGCCACUUGUGUGACCACACCUGCGCCACCUGUCUGGAGAGUGGCCCUGCCAACUGCACUAGCUGUGACACAGACAAGUUUGGAACGGACCGCUACUUGUACAGCGGCGAGUGUGUGGACACGUGUCCGGAGGCCUUCUAUCACACCCAGGACAACGCCUGUGCGCCAUGCCCCGCCCACUGCACCGUCUGCUCCGCCCCCUCCCGCUGCCUCCGCUGUAACUCCUCCUACUACGUCUCCAACGGCUUCUGCUCCAAGCUGGAGUGUGGAGAGGGUGAAGUAGAGGAUCCAGAGUAUGACGACUGCAUGGCCUGUGAGGAAGGCUGCAAGAAGUGUGUCCUCUAUAACCCCAGACACUGCCUGUCCUGCACAGACGGCUUCUACAAGUUUCAGGAGGGCUGCUACAAGAACUGCCCAGCCAAGACGUACAUCGUGCCCGAGGAGAUGACUUGUGUUCCGUGCGAUGACAACUGCGUGAGCUGCGAUGAGGACCAGUGCUACUGGUGUGAGACAGACCUCUUCUUAUCAGAGGGGAAGUGUGUACCAGAGUGUCCUGACGGUUUCUACGGCGAUGAGGACACCCAGGACUGCGAGGAGUGUCACCCGGACUGCGCGACGUGUACCGGGCCAGACAGCGACAGCUGUCUGUCCUGCGAAGACGAGGAAAAGAGGGCAGAAGAUGGGGAGUGUGUCCCCAUCCAGGAGGCUUGUCCAGAGAAGACCUUCUACAGUGACGAGGGCGAGUGUGAGGACUGCCACGCCUCCUGCAGCUCCUGCUCUGGGGAGCUGAAGAGCCAGUGUGUCACCUGCGUCAAAGGGCGCUUCCUGACAGCAGAGAGGACAUGCGUGUCCAGGUGUCCAGCGGGCCACUUCAGCAACCGGACCAGCGGUGUGUGUGAGGCGUGUUCGCCGGGCUGCGCUUCAUGUGUGGGCGCCCAGCGCUGCACGCGCUGUCAGGCCGCACGCAAGACCCCCUUCUACCUGCAAGACGGACUCUGUGUCCACCAGUGCCUGAGGGGUUAUCCUGUAGGCCAGGUGUGUCACAGCUGUGUUCCAGGCUGUGGCUCCUGUGAGCAGAAUGCCACCCACUGUGUGAGCUGUGACGCCCCCCUGGUCCUGCACCAACACCAGUGUGUGGAGUCCUGCCCCCCCGGACACUCCCUCAGGGAGGGGGCAUGUCAACACUGCCCCCUGUCCUGCCUGCACUGUGACACACAGGGCCAGUGCACAGAUUGUGAGGAGUACCACUUCCUCCAGGAGGGGCACUGCGUGGCCGACUGCCCCGAGGGCUUCUUUGAGGACUCGGAGCGGCGUGCGUGCGAGCGCUGUCACCCGGACUGCGAGCUGUGUGACGGGGCGCGCUCCGACGACUGCGACGCCUGCGCCGACCCGGCCGCCACGCUGCUCAAGGGGGCGUGUCUCUCCCACUGCCCCGCCCACACCUACAGGAACGGUCGGACCGGGGAGUGCGAAGGCUGUGGUUUGACGUGCCUUACCUGCUCGGGGCCCGGCCUGGACGCCUGCCUGAGCUGCAAGGAGGGUUUGAAGCUGGACACACAGGGCCACUGUGCCCCCCUCACCUCCCACUGCCCCCCACACCACUACCAGGACCAGCCCUCCACGGACUGUCACCCCUGCCACAAGCACUGCCACCAGUGCUAUGGACCUGGCAAGACCCACUGUUUCAACUGCAACCAGAACCACUUCCUGCUCAAUGAAACCUGCCUGGACAAGUGCCCGGUGGGCUACUUCCAGGAGGAGGCGGGACUGAGGUGUGAAGCCUGCCACCCCUCCUGCCAGUCCUGCGUGGGUAAACACAGCCACGAGUGCCUGAACUGCCAGCCCCAGCUGUACCGGGACAGCAAGGACUGUGUAGACACCUGCCAGGCCAGUUACUAUGGUAACGCGGCCUCGAGGAUGUGCGAGAGGUGUGACCCGAGCUGCAGCGAGUGUUUUGGGGGCGCGGCCGACGAGUGCCUGAGCUGCGCUCAUAGGCUGCUGUACCUGAGGAAGGAGGGGCGAUGUCUGUCCACCUGUCCCCAGGGACACUACCGGGACAGCCAGCACCUGACCUGUGAACCCUGUCACCCCAGCUGUAGGAGCUGCUCUGGUGUGGACCCCCAGGUGUGUGAGUCAUGUGACCCAGGAUACAGCCUCUCUGAUGGGCUGUGUGAGUCCCAGUGCAGCCUGGGAGAGUACUCCAUCGUCCAGGGAGAGGGUCACAGCUGCGAGGACUGCCACAGCUCCUGUCUGGAGUGCAGAGGGCCGGGCCUCUACAACUGCACCAUGUGUCCCUCCCAGGCCAUCCUGGCCUCUGGGGGGCGCUGUCUGCUCUGCUGCAGGAAGGACGGCCCCACAGAGGAAGUGGAGGAGGAGGAGGGGGAGGGGGCGGGGGCGCUAGCAGACCAGCAGGAGUGUUGUAACUGCACUGAGACCAGAGGGGAGUGUGUCCUCAGCACCAACUUUGCCUUCCGAAACGAGGCAGAGGAGGAGUCGACGGGCAACCUGGCGCUCUUCAUCACCACCUCCAUCCUCCUCCUCCUCGGCCUCGCCGCCGUCGUCCUCCUCGUCCGGCGCUCCCGCUCCAAGAGCCCCGCCCCCGACAUCGCCCCCCGCGGCUACGAGAAGCUGGGCUCCGGCGGGGGAGGGGGGGGGAGGCAAGGCGGCGGCCUAGGCUCCGCCUCCUCCUACGGGGGCCACUCCAGCGCCGGCGCCGGGAACUUUGGCGAGUCUCAGUUGGCGGGCCUGGGCGAGCGGGGGAAGGCCGGGGCGAAGGACGAGGACGAUGACGACGAGGACGAGGACAUCGUGUACAUGGGCCAGGACGGGACGGUGUACCGCAAGUUCCGCUACGGCGGGAUCGACGACGACCAGGAGGACGAGCUGGAGUACGACGACGAGAGCUACACCUUCCGGUGAGCGGCGGAAACGCCCUCCGUCAGGGGCCCUGGCUCUCUUCUCCUCCCCCUCCGUCAGGGGCCCUGGCUCUCUUCUCCUCCCCCUCCGUCAGGGGCCCUGGCUCUCUUCUCCUCCCCCUCCGUCAGGGGCCCUGGCUCUCUUCU